CGUCAUACCCAAGAAGACUCAAGUCUGUAAUCGCUGCCAAAGGUGCUUCAACAAAGUUUUAUCUAUUUAACUAGGCAAGUCAGUUAAGAACCGAGGCUGGCCGCGAGAGCAGGCCACCCUCCUCCUUUAUCCGGGCUUGGGACCGGCAAAAGUGACCCAAAAGAGACAUUCUGGCGGAGUUACCUAAUUUUUAAAUUUAGUUUUUAUUUUAAUAAAUGUACAUUUACAUCCUGCCCUGAAUGUAAGCCAGGGUGGGAUCAGCUUCCCGCAUGCACGAUUCAUUUGCGAUUCACCCCACGCGGAAGGGUGAACAUCUCCUGCUCUGACUGCAGCUGGGAGGGACUGCUGCGUGAGGACUGGGCCGCCUGUGCGUGCUUUGGGACGGGGGUGGGGCCCGAGCACCCGCUGCUCGUUGAGAAGAUUGUUCUCAGCAGACAGGUCAGUGUGUGUAGAGAGAACACAUUUACCAGGUGGAGUCAGGCUUAUACUUCAUCGCCCUGGACCGCUACACCAACAAGGCAGAGGAACUCAAGUUUGGACUAAUUGGAAUGUCCACAGUGCAAGGUGUUCUACAUUGGACAGACAAAGAGAUGCCUUCUGCUUAGCAGAACACAAGUACGCCAUACGGGUAGUCAAUGAAGACUGCCCCAUGGCAAAGCACUACAAGUCCUUACCCCAUGCCAACCCUGCUUCCCUACAAGCUAUGUUCCGGCCUCAAUUAGAAAAGUAAGUAACUGGUUUGGUCCGCCAUAGUAAUGAGCCUUGCUGUUGGAAAACCACAUCACAACAGUGUCCGACUUCCGGCUGUCGCAGAUGUACAUCCUCCGAUUUUCAUCUGCAGUCGGUUGCUUCAGCCUUUACCACUCAAACAAGCCCUGUGAAGAAGCAGAGAUACUUUUGAGGAGAUGGAAAACUCAAUUGGAAUAGUAUUAGUGCCCAUUGUGUACGUUGCCCAUGCGUCGGCAUUUUGGGUGAAUCUGGGACAAGGAGAGCGCUCCUUUUAAGGAGUGAAUGGGAGUCAAUUGGUCGCUAGCUCAAAAACCCAACAUUAGCAUGUAUUUCAUGAAUAAGAAGUACAUUACACAUAUUUUGAGACGUGAUAUAAUUCAUUUGUCUGUAAUAUCGUAUAGCUUUGUAAUCGUGACAUUAUGUACUUUAGAGGAAAAUAGGCAGGUUUGUCGACUCAGCCUAACAACUUCAACGCGAUUAGUCGACAGUCUGCUGGAUGGUGCCAUACGUUGUUAUCUCUGUAUUUAUUUAACAUCUCUGGUUAAAGAAUUCUGUGCAUCCACGGCCUCAUUCACAUUGUAGCUAUCGGUUUCGAUUCGGAGGCAUUUUGGGAAUUGAAAAAUCACUUCCGGCAAGUAACUUGGAUGGUAAAGGUUAAAGGUAUUAAAGGUAGCCUUGCUCUGGUCUCAAAACAUUCACAUUGGUGGGAUAUAUCCGAGCAAAUUCUGCAUUGAUCUCGCCUGCUUCAAAGUGUUUAAAGAGGAGGAAUUCAAGAAAAGCGACGAAACAGCAAGACGUUACUGCUCUCUCUUCCAAGUAUUAUAGUAUUAUCAAAUCUUUGGUAUGAUACAUAACUAGCUACUUACACGGUUUUGAACGUUUGCUUGCUAGAUAACGUUAGCGAACCUCAGUUUAUGCGUUAGCUCGGUGCAAAUCGAACCCAAAAGUUAGUACAGACAAAUAAUACGAACUAGUUUUCAUGCGACUUGUUAGCUCGGUGCUGUGGAAGAAUGGGUUUUAGUUAAUAAACGAGUUAUCAACCACGCUCAAUUGAGUUUUUCAUGUGAGCACUGGAGAUUGUUUCGGUAUUUUAAUGGGAGGCGGGCUGCGUUGGAGUGCAUCUAGUGGGCGACACUUGCGGAGGUGCCGGCGACCUGCUAGGCUUGGAUGGAGUCGCUUGCCGGGUACGUCUACAAAGCGGCCGCUGAGGGCCGAGUCCUGACACUGGCCGCCUUGCUGCUCAACCACUCCAAGCCAGAGACACGAUAUAUACUGAGUUAUGUGACCCACCUCGCCGGCCAAAGGUCAACUCCUCUCAUCAUCGCAGCUCGAAACGGACAUGACAAAGUUGUGAGGCUGCUGCUGGAUCACUACAGGGUGGAUACUGAACAAACUGGCACAGUCAGAUUUGACGGGUAUGUCAUUGAUGGGGCCACUGCUCUGUGGUGUGCGGCUGGCGCAGGACACUUUGAGGUAGUCCGCCAGUUGGUGUGCCACCAGGCCAAAGUCAACCACACCACUGUCACCAACUCCACCCCCCUGAGGGCAGCCUGCUUUGACGGGUGUCUGGACAUUGUGAAAUACCUGGUGGACCACCAGGCCAAAAUCGGCAUCGCCAACAAGUAUGACAACACCUGCCUGAUGAUUGCUGCCUACAAGGGCCAUACGGACGUAGUGGGCUUCCUGCUGGAGCAUGGAGCUGACCCUAACUCCAAGGCCCACUGUGGGGCCACCGCCCUGCACUUUGCUGCUGAGGCGGGCCAUCUGGACAUCGUUAAGGAGCUGGUGCGCUGCCAGGCUGCCAUGGUGGUGAACGGCCACGGCAUGACACCGAUCAAGAUGGCGGCGGAGAGUUGUAAGGCGGAGGUGGUGGAGCUGCUGCUGUCUCAUGCCGACUGUGGCCUGCACAGCCGCAUCGAGGCCCUUGAGCUGCUGGGUGCCUCGUUCGCCAACGACCGGGAGAACUAUGACAUCCUCAAGACCUAUCACUACCUGUACCUGGCCAUGCUGGAGCGCCACCGUGAUCCCGUCAGCCUCAUCGCCAAGGAGCUGCUUCCGCCCAUCGAGGCCUACAGCGGCCGGGGCGAGUGCCGCACCCUGCAGGAACUGGAGGCAAUCCGGGCAGACCGCAAUGCGCUGCACAUGGAAGGCCUGAUGGUGCGUGAGCGUAUUCUGGGAUCGGAUAACAUUGACGUGUCGCACCCCAUCAUCUACCGGGGAGCUGUGUACGCCGACAAUAUGGAGUUCGGCCAGUGCAUCAAGCUAUGGCUGCACGCGCUGCACCUGCGUCAGAAGGGCAACCGCAACACGCACAAGGACCUGCUGCGGUUCGCCCAGGUCUUCUCCCAGAUGGUGCACCUGAAGGAGCCGGUGGGGGCGGAGCCAGUGGAGCAGGUGUUACACUGCAGCGUGCUGGAGAUCCAGAGGAACAUCGCAAGGGUGGAGGCGGCACCUGAGGCAGGGCUGCACACGGCCAUGGACAACUAUGAGUCCAAUAUGUUCACCUUCCUCUACCUGGUGUGUAUCAGCACCAAGACUGUGUGCGGCGAGGAGGCACGUGCCCAUGUCAACGAGCAAAUAUACAACCUGAUCCAGCUGGACCCGCGUUCACGGGAGGGCUUGUCCCUGUUGCACCUGGCCAUCAGCUCCAGCACGCCUGUGGACGACUUCCACACCAACGAUGUGUGCAGCUUCCCCAAUGCUCAGGUCACCAAGCUACUGCUGGACUGUGGUGCGCAAGUGAACGCGGUGGACCACGAGGGCAACAGUCCUCUGCACAUCAUCGUCCAGUACAACCGGCCUAUCAGCGACUUCCUGACACUGCACGCCAUCAUCAUCAGCCUGGUGGAGGCUGGAGCACACACUGACAUGACCAACAAGCAGAAGAAGACGCCACUGGACAAGAGCACCACAGGUGUGUCGGAGAUCCUGCUUAAGACCCAGAUGAAGAUGAGCCUCAAGUGCCUGGCGGCACGUGCCAUCUGCCAGCACCAAAUCACCUUCCACAACCAGAUCCCUAAGACCCUGGAGGAGUUUGUGGAGUUCCACUGAUCCACUUGGCUAAGGAGGCUUUUUAAACCAUUUAGAAAACUUGUGUUCUUGUGAUUUUUUAAAUAUUUUAUAUAUUUUAUUGUUCUAAUUUUCUAUCAAAUCAAAAUGGUGCUUGCUGCUGAUGAUGAUUAGGAAUAGUCGGAUGCAUUUAGUGUUUUAAAACAAUGGUUCCUUUUUUCUGUUUUAAGUAUGAAUCACAAGUACCAGCAGCAACUCCCAUUUCUCUCCCACUGAAGUGUUACGAUCUGUGGCUGUCAUUGUGACACACUGGGUGUCACUAGCAGAAUGAGGAAAUUGUCAGCCAACUUUGAGCUUUCACUUUCCCCAAAGUCUUCCAAAGAGAAUACCUGGCAAAGCCAAGCAUCCACACAAUGGUGACAACAGCAGCACCUUUUGGCUGCUUUUAGUGCAUGUAUCCAAUUGUCCCAGACUCCCAGCUAGGUUCGCAACCAUGAAAAGUAGCAUUACUCUAUUGAUUCAUUUUGCAGGUUGCCUGUUGAAGUGGUGUUGUAUGCAGGUUUGCAGUGAUUAUUAAGGCCCAUUGUUUGAGCAAGUGAAUGUGUGUCUGUGAGAGAAGAGAUGAGAAGGUAGUAGUUGAAUUUAGAACUUUGUACUUAAGAGUUUGUUUUUUCAUAACCAAUAUAAAAAAAAGGUUUAUUUAAGAGGUGUGUGAUUUUGUUUUGUACUUAAAAAUAUGUAUAAUGGGCUUUCUUUUACAUGAACACUGACUGUUAAAGAUGUGCCUUAUUUUAUAUUUUGGAAUAAUUAGGCCUAGAUAUCCCUUGUAACCAAGUCACCAACACUUGGGUUUGUUGGCCCUCCUGACUUGCUUGGCUUCUGUGUGUGGAGACUCCACGGUUUUGGUUGAGCAUUGCCACAUAAUGACCGUUUUUAAAUGGAUGUUGCUGGUAUUGAUGUUUGAGCAUGUCUUCCAUUCUCUGUCUUGUGUUUGUGUGUGGGUACACAUGCUAAGCAAAUGAGAGAGGGACUGUGGAUUGUUCGUGACGGUGUUGAAUGUUGGCUUUUAGCCUUUUCCACUCAUGCUUGCAACCUGUCCUUUGUCCUUAACAACUAACGAUUCUAAUGUCUGUCAUUUUGUGUGUUCGAAUCAGAUCAGAGAUUAAAGCUGAGAAUGAAAGGUGAUUCGAUUCAAGAUUUUCAUCCAAGUAAAUCAUAGCGUGGUGUUGUACAACUGAAAAAGCUAUAUUGAUUUGACCAGAUUUUACUUAACCGUGUCACCGUAUGUUUUUAUUUUGGGGGGCUUGAGUGGAGAUUGUAUGUAUUUGUAUUUUGUGCAAAUUAGCCUAAAGACAGUAUAACUGUGCUUCUUCAUCAGUUUACGUUUAUCAGAAAUGCCAAUACCAAAUGUUUUAACAUUGGUCCAAAAAAUGUCAUGUGUAAAUGUAAAAUUUUCAAAAUUGGUCCAAUGCCGCAUGCAAUGACCCACGUCACGCAUACAGAUGGCUUCUGGAUUGAGUCAGAGCAACAGUGGGCUUAAAUCUUAACUGAUAAUUCCACACAAACACACACACAGCUAUCAUUUCAUAUGGAAUCUGGCCAAUUUACCCUGUUGCUAUACAGAUAUUGCUCAAUUGUUAGGAUUUUUCAAUUUCAUGUGAUAUGAUGGAAUGUGUUUUAUUUUUAAAUGUAUUUUUUACCUCCCUUUUUCUUCCCAAUUUUGUGAUAUCAAAUUACGAUCUUGUCUCAUUGCUGCAACUCCCCAAUGGGCUUGGGAGAGGUGAAGGUCGAGUCAUGCCUCUGAAACAUGACCCGCCUAACCGCACUUCUUAACACCUGCCAGUUUAACCCGUAAGCCAGCUGCACCAAUGUGUUGGAGGAAACAACACCAUCUUACUGACAAAUGAAGUCAUCCUGCAGGCACCUGGCCUGCCACAUGGAGUUGCUAGAGUGUGAUGAGCCAAGUAAAGCCCCUCUGGCCAAACCCUCCCCUAACCCGGACAACGCUGAGCCAAUUGUGUGCUGCCGUAUGGGACAAAACUGUCGUAACAUUCAAUUAUCCAUUCAUUUCUGUCAUACCAUUCAAUUAUCGAUUAAUUUAAUUAAUUAUUGCACCAUGCAAUCAAUGAUCAGUUCUUAAGAUGUAUUUUCCUUGUCUAUACUGUCUGCACCAUGAUCUAUUUAGCCUGUGCACAUAUGGCAGACAGUUGCUAGUGGGAGCAGAUCCCUGGAGGAGCGUGUAUUGAUCCUGCUGUAGAAUUCAUUGUGGCCAGCAGUUCGAACAAAUGAGUCACUCAGAAAAAACAAAUCAUGACUCUCGAGUCGGUAGAAAUGGUUGUUUCAGUGGAAGGGCUCAGCACAGCAAGACUGGUGUGCUUUUUGGCCAAUGGCAAAGUGGGAUAAGGGCACCGAGCUGGCACCCACAUUCUCAUGUCUGGGGUGUGCUUGGGGUCCCUGAGAGAUGGGGCUGAAGCAGGUCCACACUCGCCAUGGUUACCGCUCUUCUGGCGUCUUCCUGAUAGCUACUUGCUCCUCCUCAUCCUCCUGCCUGUUGAAGAAGCCCCGCUGGGAAGGCAGAGAGAGGGGAAAGAGUGAAACCCAGGGGUUAAAGCAAAGAAAAAUCACUCAAUCUCUGAUUGUCUGCGGGGCCAAGUUAACCUCCCCUUUCAGGUAAAAAAAAAAAAAGUUAUGACCAUCAUGUUGUUGACCAUCAUGUUGUUGAGUACUGUAAUGAUCUUUUGUGCAUGUAUUAAACUGAAAGUUUGACCAA